GAGGCCCACGCAGGCGCAGACAGCGCGCACUGUCCCGCGCCUCCCCGCAGCUGGUCCCGAGGUGACAGCCCCUCCGCGCUCGCGCAUGGAGGGGCGUGAAAGCCCCGUGGGCUCGUCCCGUAGGCUGCCCGCCGCGGCGGCCGUGCUGUUCCGCGGCCCCGUGGAGCCCCUCGUCUUCCUGGGCAACUUUGCCCUGGCCCUGCAGGGCCCGCUCACCACACAGUACCUGUGGCACCGAUUCAGCACCGAGCUCGGCUACAAUGGCACCCGCCACCGGGGGAACUGCGGGAACCAAAGCGAGGACCCCAUCAUGAAGGAAGUGGAGACCCUGACUUCCCACUGGACCCUCUACAUGAACAUAGGAGGCUUCUUGGUGGGACUCUUCUGGUCCACCCUGCUGGGAGCCUGGAGUGACCGCGUGGGUCGCCGCCCACUGCUGGUGCUAGCCUCUCUCGGUCUGCUUCUCGAAGCCGUGGUGUCCAUCUUUGUAGUGCAGCUAGGGCUGCACGUCGGCUUCUUCGUGCUUGGCCGAGUCCUUUGUGCCCUCCUGGGAAACUUCAAUGGCCUCCUUGCUGCUAGCUUUGCCUCUGUGGCGGAUGUUAGCUCUGACCACAGUCGCACCUUCCGCAUGGCUCUACUGGAAGCAUGUAUUGGUGUGGCCGGGACCCUGGCAAGCCUUCUCGGAGGUCCCUGGCUCCGGGCCCAGGGUUAUGCUAACCCCUUCUGGCUGGCUUUGGCCCUGCUGAUCCUCAUGACUCUAUAUGCCGCAUUCUGUUUUGGUGAGACAGUGAAGGAGCCAAAGUCCGCCAGGCUUUUCACUCUCCGCCAUCACCGAGCCAUUGUCCAGCUGUAUGUGAUCCCAGCCCCCGAGAAGUCCAGGAAGCAUCUAGCCCUGUACUCAUUAGCCAUAUUCGUGGUGGUCACUGUGCACUUUGGAGCUCAAGACAUCCUGACACUCUAUGAGCUUAGCACGCCCCUCUGCUGGGACUCCAAGCUGGUUGGCUACGGCUCUGCAGCCCAGCACCUGCCCUACCUCACCAGCCUGCUGGGUCUAAAACUUCUGCAAUACUGCCUGCCCGACGCCUGGGUGGCUGAGAUUGGCCUGGCCUUCAACAUCCUGGGAAUGGUGGUCUUUGCGUUUGCUACCAUCACACCUCUCAUGUUCACAGGCUAUGGAUUGCUUUUCUUGUCAUUGGUAAUCACACCUGUCAUGCGGGCCAAGCUCUCCAAGCUGGUGGGCGAGUCGGAGCAGGGAGCUCUGUUUUCUGCUGUGGCCUGUGUGAAUAGCUUGGCCAUGCUGAUGGCUUCUGGCAUCUUCAACUCGCUCUACCCAGCCACGCUGAACUGGAUGAAAGGAUUCCCCUUCCUCCUGGGAGCCGGCCUCCUCUUCGUCCCAGCCAUUCUGAUCGGGGUUUUGGAGAAGGCUAACCCACGCCCUGAAUUUCAGCACUUUCCCCAUUGCUCCUGAUCUGCUGGAGGCCAUGAGGAGCUGUGGACCCACAUUGCUCUAUAUACCUAGAGCCCAGUGCACC